AUGUCAGCCAAACAAGUCUUCGUCGCAGUCAUCGGCCUGGGAGGCGUCGGUAAAGCCUUCCUCAGCCAGCUCUCCUUCCUCCAGCAGCGACUGUCCAAGCAGAACCCACCCAUCGACCUCCGCCUUGUUCUCGCGCGCCGAAGCACGAAACAGCUCUUCAGCAGCAACUUCGAGCCCUUGAACGUCCAGACCGUCGCACAGGAUCUCGACAAGAAUGGAUCGCCUCCUCCGCCUUUCAACGAGACAUUUGGCCAACUCGCUCGUGCGCCAGGAAAGGUCGUUCUCGUAGACAACACUUCCGAUCAGGGCCUUGCCUCCCUCUACCCGAUGGUCUUGCAGCGCGGCAUCAGCAUUGUCACUCCCAACAAGAAGGCUUUCUCCGACAAGUACGAUCUGUGGCAUUCCAUCUUCAGCUCUGCAGCCAAUGGCACUGGGUCACCAAGCAACGGCUACAUCUUCCACGAAUCCACAGUUGGAGCCGGCCUACCCGUCAUAUCCUCCCUGAAAGAGCUUGUCGAGACUGGUGACGAGGUUGCAAAGAUCGAGGGUGUCUUCUCAGGCACCAUGUCCUUCCUCUUCAACUCCUUCCAGCCAGUCGGUGGAGGAGGCGGCACAUUUGCUGCAGAGGUGAAGAAGGCGAAAGGUCUGGGUUACACUGAGCCCGAUGCGAGAGACGAUCUCAACGGUCUGGACGUCGCGCGAAAGCUCACAAUCCUCGCACGUAUUGCUGGCCUACCAGUCGAGUCGCCUACCUCUUUCCCCGUCCAGAGCUUGAUACCAAAGGACCUCGAGUCGGCACAAUCAGGCGACGACUUCUUAGAGAAGCUACCACAAUUCGACAGCGAGAUGGAGAAGAUUAAGGACGAGGCAAGCAAGGAGGGUAAGGUCGUGAGGUUUGUUGGCAGCAUCGACGUGGCCUCGAAGCAGGUCAAGGUUGGCCUUGAGAAGUUCGACGUCAGCCACCCGAUUGCAGCAUUGAAGGGCAGUGACAACAUCAUCAGCUUCUACACCAAGCGAUACGGCAGCAACCCGCUAAUCAUCCAAGGUGCCGGAGCUGGCGGCGAUGUCACGGCAAUGGGUGUUACUGGCGAUCUUCUAAAGGUUGUGCGUAUGCUGCAAUGA